UUUUGAAUUUUCAUCUCCUUCUUAACUAACCUCUCUCACUUCUUGCUUAAACUCAAAAUAAAAAGGCCUGAUGAAGAGCAAAAAGGAAAUAGAGGAGAUGCCAGGAGUCACAGUGAAUCGCUAUGCCGAAGAGGCUCCAUCCACUGGGAGGUCUAAGAAUGGAUAUGUUUUCCAGGAGAUGGAGCUGAAGGAUGGAGAGAAGGAAGUUUCAGAUCAGGACUCACCUACCAUCAGUACAGACAACAUUUAUGAAAAUGACAUCCACCUCAGUGUUUCAGAUUCUGAAGGUCCGGGAUAUGGACUUUUAAACACAACAAGAAAAUAUGUAAAACCCAUGAACUUCCAAGAGGAAGUGCGUGCCCACAGAGAUCUGGACAGCUUUCUUUCUCAGGCAAGCAUCCUUCUGGAUGAAAAAGCUGCCACUCUGGAUGAGGUUCUGAGACGAAUGAUUGCUCACAUGGUGGAAGACGGCCAGGGCAACUGUGACGUAGAAGAGGUGAUGAACUCGCUGUUCACAGAUGCAGGAGGCAGAGAUAUUAAUGUUCACCUUCUGUUAGAGACUAUUCAGGGUGUGACUGCUACUUCAACCGGUAUUCAUUAUCAGCAGUCUUGGCUUUGUAUUCUCUCCAAUGUGAGAAACCUACAGAGGCGCCAUGUUUGUAUUACCCGACUGGAGAGGCCACAAAAUUGGGGAGUCAACUGCUGCGAGGCCCGUUAUGUUAUCCUGAUCCUCGCACCACUAAGAACGAAAAGCACCAAGACAGCUGUUGAACUGGGUAGGACAUUUGCCACGAUGUUCUCUGACAUUGACUUCAGGCAAAGGCUUCUGGAGACCAAAACUCAGGAGGAGUUCAAACAGGAGCUGGUCUCCCAGCGACACCAGCUCUCUGUCGCCAGUGAGAAGAAAGUCGUAGAGGAAGUGGAGGACUCAGACCCACGAAGAGGAAAAGCACUCCAGUGCAGAGAUUUCUUCAGAGCCGGUCGAGGUGUUUAUGAUGACCUUCGUCGGCGACUGCCUCUUUAUCCUUCAGACUUCACAGACGGGAUGACAGGGAAGGAUCGCUGUUUACUGAAAUAUACCACCACAGCUAUCUUCCUCUACAUUGCCAUUCUCCUGCCUGCAAUUGCUUUUGGUUCUCUGAAUGAUGAAAGCACAAGAGGGGAAAUAGAUGUUCAGAAGACCAUUGUUGGCCAAAGCAUUGGAGGAGUGAUCUACUCUCUGUUUGCUGGUUCCCCUCUGGUCAUUCCUCUGACCACUGCCCCACUGGCCAUUUUCAUCAGUGUUAUCAGGGGUAUCUGUGAUGACUACGGCCUGGACUUUGAUGCUUUCUAUGCCUGCAUCGGUUUAUGGAACAGCUUCUUCCUUAUCCUCGGGGGCUUAUUCAAUGUCAGCUUGAUGAUGAAACUCUUCAAACGCUCAACAGAAGAGGUCAUUGCAUUGUUCAUCUCCAUAGCUUUUGUUGGAGAUGCAGUGAAAGGCACCGUCAAAAUUUUUGAACACUUUUAUUAUGGGCCAACAUUGGCAACCACAAACAAAACGGUGGUGCUUCAGCAGAUAAAUGAGAUUCUGGAUGGGUUUGAGAACCGAACAUCCACCAAGCUGGAGCAUAAAAUUGGGACCAACAUGUCACUGUUUGAACAUUCAGAAGAGAAAAUAUUAGUCUUCCUGCCAGAGACGCUGGUGGAAUGCACAAGAGAAAGGCCCAUUCUCUGUCUGCUGCUCAUGUUGGGGACUUUGUGGCUGGGUUACGCACUCUACCUCAUCAAGAGGAGCCCGUACCUGAACGGUAAAAUCAGAGACGUGGUGUCUGACUGUGCCUUGCCAAUCUCUGUGGUGAUAUUCUCCUUCAUUGGCUCCUAUCUUUUCAUUGACAUACAGCUUCCUGUAUUCAGUGUCCAUGAUGGUCCAAUCUUCAAGUACCCAGCAUUUGAAAACCUGUCAGGUCUGACUUCACUUGCCGCGAUCGGACUUGGUUUCCUGCUUGCACUGCUUAUCUUUAUCGACCAGAACAUCGUCAUCUCACUUACACAUGUACCAGAACACAAGUUGUUAAAAGGCACAGCAUUCCACUGGGACUUAAUGCUGACUGGCUUCAUCAACAUCCUCAUGUCUUGUCUGGGGUUGCCAUGGAUGCACGCUGCCUUUCCUCAUUCCUCCCUACACGCCCGUCAGCUUGCCAAAGUAGAACAGCACGUAGAGAACGGACAUGUCUACACAACGAUCGUUGUCAAGGAGACGCGUCUAACCUCACUAGUAGCGAACAUCCUGAUCGGCCUGUCUGCAUUCAUGCUCCCUAUUCCUCUUCAGUGGAUCCCCAAACCCGUCCUCUACGGCCUCUUCCUUUACAUUGCAGCCACCUCACUCGAUGGAAAUCAGAUGGUAGAUCGCAUGACCUUGUUGCUGAAGGAGCAGACAUCUUACCCUCCGACCCACUACAUACGCCGUGUACCUCAGAGAAAAGUGCACUACUUCACAGCAGUGCAGAUGAUCCAGCUGAUCAUCUUGUGUGCAUUUGGGAUGUAUCCUCUGCCCUACAUGAAGAUGGUGUUUCCUCUGCUGAUGAUCCUCCUGGUCCCUAUUAGGAUCAGCUUGCUUCCUCGAAUGAUUGAAGCCAAGUAUCUGGACAUCAUGGAUUCCCAGUACAUUUAGGCCAGCUGGUCAAACUUGUGAAAAGAUGGAAGACAGAUGGGAACAGACUGACAAGUUAAUUAAGGUUUUAGUCACCAACGUACCUACAAGAUUUUGCCUAAAGUACGUACUAGUGACAAACUUCUUUUCCAUAAACUUCACUGCAACUAUAACUGGCUUCAAUCUGAAGCAUUUCUGCAGUUCAUUGGCACUCUCAUAGGUAGAAAAAACACACAUAUACACACAGAUAAACAUAGGUGUUUAUCACUUUUUAAAUGAAUAAAAGUCUUAAUUGUUUUAUUCAGAUAUUAUAUUUUUAAAUGAGGGUUGCUUCUGUUUUAAUUCACAUGCUGAUGAGGUGACUUCACUACAAGCAAUUUGACAUAAAACAUCUUAACACUUAAAAAUGAUCACCUCUUGUAAGCAGAUGUUCAUUUAGUUAUGAAGCUUUUAUUCUGAUGAGUCACAUAAUGUACUAUAUGCUGUGACAAAUUGUUUUUUAUUUAAAUUUUGUAGGGUUGAAUGAAAAGGCUGUGAACCAAACUGGUUUAACACACUUUACCACAAUACAUUUAUAUUUUUCAAAGAGAAAUAUGCAGAGACUAUUUUUUGCAAUUCAAGUCUGAAAAUACAAAAUCAUCCCACUGCAGGACUCUUGUAGUUUGGUGGAGGACUGCUGUGAGUAUUUUGAUUUAAAAAGGACACCGAUAGAUGGCAGUGGAGGAUCACGCUUCAUAUAUUAAAAUUCCACCUUGUGUAGGGGUGUUUGCGUGCGUGUGUGUGUAUUAUUCAUUGUGAUACAGAGACAAGGAUAUAUUCAUGGCAGCCUUCAUCUUGUAAAAGAAACGGUGAUAAUGAAGUUAUGACCACCCAGUUAUUAAGUAUGAGUGGUUUCCAAAUGUCACCAGGCUUAUAUGAUCAGACAUCUAAUUUGUUUCAUGUGUUUGUUUUUCUGCACAGCCACUUUUCUAAUCCAACACCUGCAUUAUUUGUCUGUUUUCAUCAAAACCUUCAUUAAUACUUCAACGUUGUCAAAGCAGCUGCUGUUUUCUAUUUUAACUGUCUGUACUCAGUGAGUUCCAUAUAUAUAUAUAUAUAUAUA